AUGGCUGGCCUAUUCGGCUGGGAUUUGCUGUACAAUUCCGUGAAGGAAGACGUGAAAAACCAUCAAGACGUGCUGGUUUGUUUGACCCAUUUGGUUUUGGUUACCAAUGGGUUUAAAUGCGUCGGUGUUGGAGAAUCAAAGAACAUCGAUGGCUCGGAAACGAAAACCGAGUCUUUGCCUAAAGGGUGGAACGAUGAGUACACUUUGCGAUACGUGCAUUCAGGCAGGUUGUACAACCUGAAAGGUACGAUGUUGGACGAUGGCAUCAUAAUCAAUUUAUUUAGAGUGGACGAACGUACUGUGUCCUUGAUACAGUUGAAUACGGAGUCUGUGGCCUCUAGACACGGCUCUAUCGAGGACAUAAUCCCCGACUACGGCACAGUAGUCGAACAAAUAAAAAAACAGCUCAUCGAAAGCAUUGUAGUAUCGAGCAAAUCUAGAGACUCAUCAAGUCAAACCGAACAACCAACAACCUCUGAAAGACCGUCGAGAUCCUCCAUCCCCGAUCCAUACCCCAGGCACUCUGGCAACCCCCUACAAAUAGGGGGUGUAAUGGACCCUGGUUAUGGCAGAGCAGACUUGGACCCUUUCAAUGGUAUGGACCCCCUUAGAGGCCCCGCAAACAGAAUAUACCCCGGCAGAGGAGGCGGCAUGUUGUAUCAACCCCCUCCAAUGCCAGGUCCUUUCAACCCUCACGCAGGGUUGCCACCGGGCGCCGUUCCGCCAGGGGCGAGGUUCGACCCCUUCAGGCCUCCCGACACCAGACAACCUCCCAGGGGGCCCAGGAGACCCGAUAGCGAUGAGAUGCCUCCUCCAGGCUAUGAUGAUAUGUUUAUGUAA